CAGGAAGUGAGAGAGAGACAGAGCGGGGUGUCUGGAUUUAACAACUGAAGAUGGAGAUUUUAUAGUUCAAGGUCCUAUUAUGUCUCACUAAUAAGGAUUUUCUCGAAGCUCGAGAUAUGACCCUGCGUGCUUUGUGGAUUAUUUCUCACGAAAAGGGAGAAAAUGCGGCUGUACGGUUCUCAAGAAGGUUUUCUACCGUGGAGCACCGUGCGAAAAGGCUUGCAGGUCCCUGCUACCUUGCAGUCCCAGAGGACAAUGUUAUCCUGCAGCACCUCCUCACUGAGCUGGGCCUUGCGGAUUCAGACAAGCCUUAUGUAGCUCUCAGAGACGACUGCCUGUAUCGUCCUGGGGCGCCGGCCAUGGAGCUGCAUGUGGACGGCCCUGAAAAAGGAGCACUUUGGCCAGUGUUGGCUAUUUUGCACGGCCCGCUCGUUCUGGCCUGCCUGCCUUUAGCGGAUGCCCCUCCUGAGCCGCGCCCACCUCUGGUCAGCCUGCUGUCGGUCUCCCAGGGGCUCACGCUGCUGGCAGGCCUGCAGACGUUUCUCCUCGGCUCAGGGAGCAAGCCUGACGGCGAGGGGCUGGCCUCUCGACUGGCAAUGUUGCCCUCUGUCCUCCUGCAGAUCUGUCCACUCGGCACACCCCUCGAUGUGCCCCCACUGGGCCCUCCGGCCACACCCGCGGGGCCCGCUCCGGGUGGGACCCAGAAGCAGCCAGCCUGGAAGACGGGCGUUCACCGCGGCCGACCGGUGGUGAACGUAGCACUGCUAGAAACGGUGCGCUCCAUGCAGUAUGGGAACCGGAGCAGACAGGACCUGUGGGAUGUCUAUGGCACUGUGACGUGCAAGUGUGAAGUGGAAGGGGUGCUUCCAAAUGUGACCGUGACGCUCUCACUGCCGCCAAACGGUUCUCCGCUGCAGGACCUGCUCAUCCAUCCAUGCGUCAGCUCACUGGACUCCAGCAUCCUGACUGCCAGCAGUGUCGAUAACUGUGACAGCUCCGCUUUCUCCGGGCCGUACAAGUUCCCCUUCUCCCCGCCUCUGGAACCUUUCAGACUAUGCAGCUAUACUUCUCAGGUCCCGGUUCCCCCCAUCCUCGGUUCCUACCAGCUGAAGGAGGAGGAGAACCAGCUGCGCGUGACAGCAAACCUCAAACUUCAUGAGAGUGUGAAGAACAACUUUGAGUAUUGUGAAGCACACCUGCCGUUUUUCAACAGGGAUCAGAUGGGUGUCGUGGAGGUGAAGGUGAGCUCUGGACAGCUGGACGUCUCAAAGGAAAAGAACCUGCUCGUCUGGGCUCUGGGACAAAAGUUUCCCAAAUCCCGUGAAGUCACCCUGGAAGGUAAAAUCAGCUUUUCUGGACCUGCAGCAGGACCUGCGGACCCCCUCUGUACAGAACUCACCGCUUACAUUAAAAUGUACUUCAAAGUGCCUGACACGACGCUGUCUGGAUGCAGUGUGGACCAGCAUUCAGUGCAGGUUUACUCCUCAGCCAAGCCUCGAAUUGUCACAUCCCGAGAACUCCAGUCCAACGACUACUUCAUAUGGAACUCAACAGGCUCUGCUCCGGUGUCGUCUGGACAGAUGAUGGUGUAACGAAGAUGAAGAAUAAAUGAAAACAUGAAGUGAUGCAAGCAUCUGUCUUCUGUGCUGACUGGAGCUGAUCAGUGAUUACGAUGGGUGGAAGGUGGAGCACAGUCUGGACGCACUCAUUCACAGAGGAACAUUUUCACCUGAUACACACCUGCAGGCCACAUCCGGCCUCCAGAGAACCUGAAAUUCCCUUGAUGAUCCUCUAAAAGUUCAGAAGUGACAGUAAACUGCAUUUAUUGAACCACAUGCCGACUCUGUUCCCAGCAGAAUGACACUCUCCUUCCUCCAGAUUUAAAUGUUUCCAAAAAAUACCAACAUGCCUGAGAAGAACAAAAUCAUGCAGGGGGAAGGGAGUUAAAGGAGAGAUGAUACUGAAACACAUUUCAUCUGAAAACACGUCUGAGCGACGUGUGCUCAAGAAAGACAUGAAAUUCUCCCACAUUUAAAAGCACAGUGGAAUAUGUUUACAGGGUUGUUGUUUUUUUCUGACACCCAUAACCUUUUCCAUAUGUAUUUGUUGUGUGUAAAAUUAACUGGAGAACCUUGAGGAAGCUCACGCUUGCUCAGGGAGAUCAUGCAGACGCCACAUGUUACAGCUUGGAAUCAAACCGGGGAUUAAUAACCAAUAAUCUACUGUAUGAAAACAGCUGCCUUUAUAUUUUGUCUGAA